UCCAGUACAGGUGGUGGUGAUUUACACCUAAAAAUGUCUUGUUGCAACAUUACAUAAAAGACGAAGAAGCGAGACUUGUUUUACAGUUAUAUCCUCUUAAAUCAGGAGGUACUCAAGGAUAAGAUGAUGAAGCUAAAGUCAGGUGUGUGCGCUCUAAUGGCGGUAUUUUUGCUGUCUGUCUAUAUUGCAGAGGUGAAUUGCGUCGAUAAAUCUGACAACAACAAAGUGCGGAAUGAAGCAGGGCCCCUUAUUGGAGGGUUAUCCAAGGUGACAUAUGCCACUUCAGAAGUGCAGAGGAUCUGUAAUGCGAUGAAGCCAUAUGUAGAAAGACGUGUCGGAAAGAGGUUUGCUGUUUUCACCGCCAAAAGUUUCAGCACACAGCUUGUGGCGGGAACCAACUAUUUUAUCAAGGUCCACGUCGGAGGGGAUGAAUUCAUCCAUCUGAGAGUCUAUAAAUCUCUCCCUCACAGUGGAGGAAAACUAGAGCUGAGUGGAAUUCAGACCUCUAAACGGCACCUUGACCCCAUUGUAUACUUCUAAACGAACGCCGACAUUUCUCUCAUCCAAACAAUUUGAUGCCGAACCUUUUGCAAAAUAGUCACUUAAUAUUGCAACCGUUU